UUAUUUUAUUAUUUUGAGCGAUUUUUAGAUCAUUUUAUUGCCAUUACUAUUGUAUAUAUAAGCAUCAACGUGUAUUACUUUAAAUACAAAAAAGCCAACUAAUAUAUAUAAUUGAUAAUACAAGCUGUGGCUGCUUGCAGAUAUGGUGGCUAAACAGGUCCUGAAGCAAAGACAAAGUUAAUUUGUUGUCAUUUUAUUUGUUUGCUUUACAGUAUGUCCACUUGAGUUUAACUGGACAGUUUUUUUUAGAAAUUAUAUAGGCCUAUGACAGCACAUUUUGUCUACUUUGAGGCAGUAAAGAAUACCACAUUUCUAUAUUUAGACAAUUUUUUUAUUUCUUGCUUUGACUGAAGAUCUAUGAUAAACUAGAAUAGAAUAUAACCGCUCGUGGUGGAUGCUUUCGGUACUUUGACUGCUGGGCAGAUCGUCUACUGAUGAGAUUCCGCAAACAGUUUACGAUGUAAAUGGUUGGACACCCAAACUUAAGUAUUUUUUUCAAUCGUGACUGUUAUAAGUUAAAACUAAAGCCUUACGAUGGUAAUGCUGUUGCUUGUUUGAAAAACGUUUCUUUGCUACUCAUUAGCAGGUGCAUAGUUAGUGUGAGUACAAUGAAAUAAUUGCUUUUGUGAAAGUGGUCGUGGGCCUUCUUAUUUUGAGCAACCUAAAGAAACUGGGACGUCCCUGAAAGGUACAAAACCUCGGGUCGUGGUACACAACAAACGAGAUUUUUAGCACAUUUAUCAUUAGAAAGGGCAAUAACAGUGCAAGGGGAUGCUUUCGUGAUAAAUCAUGUCUUGUUACACUCAGUUAUUUAUCAAUGUGUAACAUUUAACAUAGUCUACAUUUAGCCAGUUUUGUUUUCUGUAUGAUGCAGAUGAUAACUGUAUCGAAUUAAUUUCUGAUAUGUUUUUAUUUGAUAACAAAAACGACGUACAGACCUCCCGAACACAUUUUUGCUGUGCUGAUGCCUGGCUUGCCAUUGGUGCUUGUUUACACGAUGCCAACAGGAGGCGCUGAUUGGUCGCAUUUCUCACGUGACCGAGCAACUUUGUACAUUUGACAGAGGAGUAGGUGGGUUUUGGAGAGAUCAGAAAACGACAGCACCAUAAAAAUUAGAAUUGUUGCACUUUUUCAAAUUAAUGAUCAUGAGUUCCUACUUGAUCAAUUCAAAUUACAUCGAACCUUCUUUCCCACCCUGCGAGGAAUAUCACCAGAACGGAUACAUGCCCGUAUCCUCUGAUUAUUAUGAACGGCCGAAAGACGCGGGCUUCCCCCAUCACGAGGAGGCAUCAUACCCGCGAUCAAACUACCAAGAGCCGAGCUAUGAUUACGGUAAUGUGUCAACCAACGAUCUCAACGAUUUCAGCGACCGUCAUCACGCGCAACCUCAAUCCGUUCCGCAGAAUCAUGGACCCCGCCUCACCACAGAAAGCUGUGUAGGUUCGGAUGGAAACAAGGACUGUAGCCUCGUGUCAGACGCUCUCCCGGGCUCACAGAAGAGUAAAGAACCAGUGGUGUACCCCUGGAUGAAAAAAGUCCAUGUUAAUACCGUGACCGCCAGCUACUCUGGAGGAGUGCCCAAGAGGUCUCGCACCGCCUACACGCGCCAGCAGGCUCUUGAGCUUGAGAAAGAGUUCCAUUUUAACCGAUACCUGACUCGACGUCGACGUGUGGAGAUAGCGCACACUAUGUGUCUUUCUGAGCGUCAGGUGAAAAUCUGGUUUCAGAACCGCCGCAUGAAGUGGAAGAAAGACCACAAGCUGCCCAAUACAAAGAUCCGCUCCUCGAGCUCUGCACCCUCCAACCAUCACGUGAAAACGGACGCCACUCAGCAGCAGCAAACGCUGCUUCCCACGCCGUGUUCCUCUAACCUAUAGUGCUAGAAGCAAAUCGGCACAAACGGAACUGAACAGGAAAGAAGAAUACAUAGCAGUAUUUGGAUCGGAACUUCACAGGGUUACUUUUUAUUCAAUGUCCAAUGUGGCAACCUAACCUCGCAUUCACAACCUCUUCCUCCAUUCAUGUUUGAGUUGGAAAUCCCAUCCUUCCUGUAAAAUAGUUUUGCCUCCCUUAAAGGAACAACAGUAGAAUGUACUUUAACUUGGACAAUGGCUCGUUAUGUUUUCUGUCUUUAACCGAGUCACUUAGUCUUGCUUGUGAGGAUCAACGCUAUAGUGACGCGUGUACAAACUGAAAUUUUAACAUGAAGGCACAAUAAUAGGAAUAAUCUUCCAGAAGUAGUUAUCUCAUUUGUCUUAGUAUCAUAUUUUAGAGUGUUGUUAAGUGUAUUUACGUCAUCAAAGCUGUGAAUAUUCGUGUAUUUGGUCAUUUGUAUAUUGGUAAGUUGUUUUAGUAAGCCUGUGUGCAAGUAAUUGUAGGCUAAUCGUGAUAAUAAUAAAUAUGACUUUAUUGUGAA